UUGUCGGCCCUCCGUCAAUUGGCCCGACCGGGAUAAAAAAUUCGGGCUCAGAAACCGACCUCAUCUAAACUAGCUACUCCCCACCAAGGCCGCUCACCUUAUCCAGGCUCAAUUGCAAUACGUUCUAUCGCCUUUCAGUUACCCCCUUUACGUCUUCAGACAGGCAAGGACCAUGUCCGCGCGCGCUGCUUCCCUCUCCGCGCGCUCGCGCUGCCUGCUCCGUACUCCACAGCAUGCCCGGUUCUCGACCCGGACGUCGUUGCUUGGUGCCGGAGGCCACUACGAUCCCCCAACCGGAUGGCUCUUUGGUGUGAAGCCAGGACAUAAGUAUGUCAAGGAAGGCUGGGAAACUAUCUUCUACUACGGAUUCUUUGGAAGUUUCCUCGUUGCCGGCAUUGCCUACGUAUUCAAGCCAGAUACAUCGAUACAAACAUGGGCUCUCGAAGAGGCACGAAGAAGACUUGAAAAAGAAGGCAUCCUGGAAGACCCCGACAAAGUCCAAAAACAAUGAUUCCCUCCUCCACACUCAAUAUGAU